AUGACCUCCCAGACACCACGAAGAGAACGGUCAUCUAGUGAUAAAGCUCAGGCUAUGUUCGUUCCGCAACGACCGGGUCUUCCAGGCAGAACAAUCUCCGCUCCAGCUGGUGGCUUGUAUAAACUCGAUUCUUCUAAACUGGCGACAGAUACCGGAAAUAAGAUUGAGCAGACUCUUUUAGAAGAAGAUGAAAACAUGACGGCCUCCAGGAAAAACGGGGUUACGUCUACCCGCGUUGGCGAUGAGACUUCGUCGAAACCAAACUUUCCACUCGUUACUAUUGCCGUCGUUGGUCAGGACCAAGUAGGUAAAACGACGUUUAUCCAGAGUGCCUUGGAUAUGAAACAGCCCCUGUCCUCCCGAGCGACUACAAAGAAAAUGUCUUUAGACGGGACUGUGUACCUCGUUCGCCUGUUGGAAAUGGAUACGAAGGAAAUAUCCAUCGCGAAUGAUGGCCUCUUGGAAUGGCCACGGUUUGGGAACGAAUCCCCUUCAAUAGAUGGCGCUCUCGUUGUCCACGAUGUGACACGGUCUGUGGGCCUCCCUGAGCUUAUGAGGUUGCUAGAUACCUUAGCAGCAUAUGCGUUCCCUUUUGUACUAGUUGCUAGUAAAUGCGACAUUCAGGCUCCAGAUGGACCGCUCGAGCCCGUGUUGAAGAAUUAUCAGUUCCACAAGACAUCCCCGGAGUCGCCGCGGUCGCAAAAGCUGUGUAUAUCAAUGGUUCUGCGUGAUGUGAUUAACAGUAAAUAUGACUCCCUUGAUUACUCGUACGCCUUCAAACAACCCUCCACGCAGGACUGGCAUCACAGCCGUGCCAACUCUGAAAACCCUACGGCUGCAUUGACUGGAGCCGCGGGCGGCCCCAUUACUAGUACCUUUGAUCCGGGAGUCGAUGGGUACGGCGAAGACCGUCAACCCGCCGACCCGACGAACCCUUCCAACCUGGCUCCAAAUGCACAACUCUCACGAUUUUCCCGGAGCAACUCGCAUCCGGUGCGACCAAAUACACCUUCUGGGACCCAACUAAAUCCACGCAGACAGUCCGCGGUGGAAGAAUCCCCGGGAAAGAAUGAGAGUCGACAGCAGCGGCUCCACGCCGCCUGGCGGAAUAGCGGUGGCUCGGACGCCUUCAACAGCUUCAUAGAUAUGGAGGAUGAAAUAGAUGGGCCGGCUAGCACACCCUCAAGUCCAGAGAGUAAAGAAAAAGCGUCUAGUGACGGAUCUUCGAAUGAUGCCGGCUUUACGUUCGAUGAGCUCGUUGAUCGCCUUGUCGCGCAACCGAUGUCGAAGCAGGAUUCUAAAUUCGCCUCGAUAUUCCUCUGUCUUUAUCGCAAAUUUGCCGCGCCGGCUACCCUACUAAACGCAUUGAUUAAUCGGUUUGAGCGAAACGAGAAGAACUUCACCGAUCAACUGACUCGUAUUGCUGAUCAACUGAGGUUGCUUAAUAUCAUGUCCACGUGGGUAUCGGAGUAUCCAGGCGACCUCGCAUAUCCUAAGACCCGCAAGCGGAUUACGGAUUUUGUUUCAACUUUGGAGAAGAGUCAUUUUUAUAUGUUUGCCGCGAAGGAGGUUGGGUCUUACCUGGAGAAUAAUGCAGAAGAUGAUGAUGUGGGCUGGCCAUAUAGGGAUGGCGACGUUGAUGAAUUUGACGGACAUGAGACGUUCCUCGACAACUCGGGUCGGAGCUCUCCAUCCAUGUUCCUUGGAGGAUCGACGAUUGAUGAAGGCGAGGAGGAUGAAGAGGAAGAAGAUCCUAUAUAUAACAUGAGUGCAUUGGAUCUUAGUGAAGGCGCGUCAGACCCAGCUUCUAAGCUAUCAAAUUCGGCUACGCUCGAGAAACCUGGCACUGUGUCGAGCCAGUCAUUCACAUUCUUGAGCAUGGAGGCUGCGCAAAAGGAAUCCCAGCAUUUGGAACUGACCCCUCGACUUUCUUUGUCAAAGGUCCAAUGGCGGCAAUUCAUCGAGAACCCUGAUGAGGAUUUCGCGCGCGAGUUAACCCGGAUUGACUGGAUCAUGUUCAAUUCUUUUCGACCACGAGAUCUUGUGCGACAUGUCAGCAUCUCUGGGCCAGAUAAAGAUAAAAUCCAGAGUCUGAAACAUGUCAAUCGGAUGAUAAAGCAAUUCAAUCAUCUAGCGUUCUUCGUUGCUAGUGUCAUCCUCUUCCGAGACAAGCCCAAGCACCGAGCAAAAGCACUAGAGAAAUUCAUGAAUAUCGCACAGAAACUUCGUCGACUGAAUAACUAUAAUUCUCUCGGUGCAGUAAUCGCCGGAAUCAAUGGAACGCCGGUGCAUCGAUUGUCACAGACGCGCGACUUGGUUCCCGUUCAAACACAGAAAGAUUUUAUGAGGCUGGUUAUCCUUAUGGGGACACAAAAGAGCCACUUUGCAUAUCGCCUAGCAUGGGACAACACUUUCACAGAAAGGAUCCCAUUCCUACCACUGCAUCGGCGGGACCUGGUAUCCGCUGAGGAGGGGAACAGAACAUUUGUAGGAGACAAUAAAUCUCGGAUCAAUUGGCGGAAAUUCGAGGUUAUGGGUGAGGUAGUCUUGGGUAUUCAGCGCAGCCAGAAGACGCCGUAUCCUCAUUUGCAGAGGUACGAAGAUGCGGCUAGGCUGAUACUGGAUGUCAAACUAUCAGGUGAUGAUGAGGAUUUGUAUGCACGCAGCUCCCAGGUCGAGCCUUCCGCUGGCGGCGACACGGGACGCAAAAAGUUCGGCUGGUUACGGUCAUCAACCUACCGCGCCAUCCUCCGCGAACUCCCACGCCGCACCCUCUCAAACCCAACACCUCUCCACAGCCGGAUCCGCGAACUCUACCGCAACCAUACCUCGGCAAACGCAGACGAAGAAACGCUCCAGAGCCGCUUACAGGAGGCGGACCAGCUGGCGCAGUACGCGCGCGCGCAGCGCUCGUAUGUCGAGCUUGUUGCACGGUACAACCCGGGUAUGACGUUGGAUGAAGAAGAGAGGAUCAGACUUACGGCUAGACGGGUUGGGUUGGAUUUGCCUAUAGAGGCUAAGGAUCGGAAGGAUUGA